GGGCGCUGAGGCGCGGGCUGAUCCUGUCUCACAAUGACUCAGUUUUUCAAUAACAUUGAGCCAAACGUUAUUGAUGAUGAAAUCCUUCAGAAAGCCAUUGAGGAGAAGUGUCCAGAGGACCUUGGAGAUAUUGCCAGAAAGGAAAGUAUUAACGUUAACGUUGUGACAGAGAUACAAAUUAGUUUUAAAAACAUCCUGCAGAUUGCUAAUCUGUGGCCAUUAGAGAAUCUGACUAAGCUGCAGCUGGACAACAACGUGAUUGAGAAGAUAGAAGGUCUGGAGAGUCUGGUUCACCUUGUUUGGCUUGAUCUGUCCUUCAACAAUAUUGAAGUAAUUGAGGGCCUGGAUACUCUUGUCAAACUGCAGGACCUCAGUCUCUACAGUAACAGAAUAUCUACAAUUGAGCACAUGGACACACUGCAAGAGCUGCAGAUUUUCUCCAUAGGGAACAAUAACCUGACCGUGCUGGAAAAUGUUAUCUACCUCAGGAGGUUAAAAAGCUUACAGACACUGAACCUCAGUGGGAACCCUUUCUGCAGUGAGGAGCACUACAGGCUCUUUGUUGUUGCUCACCUUCCCAGCCUGGUGUACUUGGACUUCAAGCUGGUGAGAAAGUCCACGGCAAAAGCUGCAGCUUUAAAGUAUCAACAUCUCACUAAGCCAUUGGAGGAAGAGGAGGCUCAGGUCCUGGCCCUGCAGGAGGUGGAAGAUGCAAAGCAGAAAGAGCUGGAGCAACAGCAGGCAGCCUUUGUGGAGUACCUGAAUGGGCCAUUCCUGUUUGACAGUCUGCAUGAAGAGGAAGGAGAAGCCACCAAACUGGUUUCCCUCCCUGGAGUGGAGGAGCUGCUGCAGGAAUACAAGGAGGAGUUUGUCUCAGUUUGUGAGAGCCUGUAUAACUAUGGGCUGGAAGAGUAUGAAAAACGAGAAGCUGAAGUCUCUAAAUUCUACAAGAGACUCCAUGAAAUUCUGGCAGUGAACCAGGAAGAAAGCAAGAGAAUAAUCUCGGACUUUGAGACUCGGAAUGAAACGAGGCUGGAUGAGCUCUAUCAGGACGGGAGUGGUGAAAUCGCUGACUCUAAGCGAGCCCAGGGCAAGGAGGAGAUCCAGCAGCUGUGGCAUGCACUGAUGCUCUUGGAAACUCUGGUAUCCAACGACCUGGAGGAACUGUUACAGGAUUUUAAAAGAAGCCUUGAUGUCAUAGCAUCAACAUUCACUGAAAACAUUCAAGGGAUGUUCAACCAGUGCCGGGACCUGGAAAAUCAACACUUUGAGAAGGUGAUGGAGAUCGUCCAGGCCAUCCUGAAGAAAAUCGCCCUCUUUGAGCUUGAAGAGGAUUUUCCAGAGGAUCUUCGAGCGCUCUUUGAGGACAAAAUCACCGUUGUGAACAUCACCAGCAUGUCCCACAGCAUCCGCCUGCGCAAGAUUGAUAAGCGCGAGAGCGACAUGCUCUCCAACACCUACCAGUGGCAGAAGUCAGUGAGAGAGAAGGCUUUCCAAAGGGAGAGCGACAGAAACCGCACCUGUAUCGAAAAGAUCAUUUGCUUCAUGGACACUCUGCAGAAGGAGCUGGAUAGCACAGUGGUGAAGCCUAAAGAAUAGGACUGGGGAGCUGCCUCAGCUGGGGCACACAGGACAGCCCCCAGCAGGAACAGCUGCCCCUCCAUGGCCAAGCUGCCUAGGACAUUUCAGUCCAAAUCCACAUUUCU